CGGGUAUCUUUAGCCAAAGGAAAAGCUCUGUAUUCCCACCCAAUCCAGGAACUGAAAUAGUAUAGGAGAGCACGCGUCUUUCUCUCCAGCUACGCGCUCCAUCUCCCAGGAACAAGGGGGAGCUCCGAGAAUCGGGCAAGGGCGCCAGCCUCUUGCCGGAGCCUGCGGCAGGGCUUUCCUCUGCGCGCUGUGACCGCGCGGAAAAGAGCAGCAGGAGAGCUCCAGCCACCGGCGGGCGCAGAGCGAGGUGCGUCCUGCGCUGUUGCUGGCAGCGCUGCCCCGGCGCGGGUUUGCGCAGCCACAUGAAGCCUGCUGGGGAGCAGGGGCCAGGGUGCAGCAAAGCGGCUGGGACUGAAGCUGACACCGUCUCAGCGAGGCACUGACUCCGAAGGGGGGACCCCCUUCCUUGUGCCUGGCAGAAAGACUUUUCCUGGGGUCCCUGGUCCUCCUGAGUACCCAGAAUGGUGUUCCUGAAGUUCCUCUGGAUGGGUUUCCUCUGCCACCUGUGUCAGGGCUACUUUGACGGCCCUCUGUACCCGGAGAUGUCCAAUGGGACGCUGCACCACUACUUCGUGCCCGACGGGGACUACGAGGAAAACGACGACCCCGAGAAGUGCCAGCUGCUCUUCAGGGUGAGUGACCACCGGCGCUGCUCCCAGGGGGAGGGGAGCCAGGCCAGCAGCUUGCUGAGCCUCACCCUUCGGGAGGAGUUCACCGUGCUGGGCCGCCAGGUGGAGGAUGCUGGGCGCGUCCUGGAGGGCAUCAGCAAGAGCAUCUCCUACGACCUGGACGGGGAAGAGAGCUACGGCAAGUAUCUUCGGCGGGAAUCCCACCAGAUCGGGGAUGCCUACUCCAACUCCGACAAGUCCCUCACGGAACUGGAAAGCAAGUUCAAGCAGGGCCAGGAACAGGAUAGCCGGCAGGAGAGCAGGCUCAACGAGGACUUCCUGGGGAUGCUGGUCCACACCAGAUCCCUGCUAAAGGAAACGCUGGACAUCUCAGUGGGGCUCAGGGACAAGUACGAGCUGCUGGCCCUGACCAUCAGGAGCCACGGGACCCGGCUAGGUCGGCUGAAAAACGAUUAUCUGAAAGUAUAGGUGGAAGAGUGCAAAUGCCUGGACAAGGGAAUUGGAGCUGCCCUGCUGUGGAGGGGGAGGGGGCAGAAAGAAGAGGGGGCUCACAUUUCCCUUAGGCCUAUUAUUUUUUAUAUACAGAUUUGCACUUUGAAAAUGAAUCUGAGGUCAUCUUUUAAAGGAGAGAGUUGAGAAUUGAGUAUAGUUUUGUUUUUUGGUUUUGCGUGCAUUAUUUAUGUUAUUGUUAUGGAUUUAUCACCUGGAAAGAAAACUUAAGGCAAUAAAUGAACUCCAAUGAACUCCUGCCUUUCCUAGUGGAGUGCUGCAGAGAUAGCUGACACAGCCACGUCAAAAGGACACAGUUUAUGCAGGAGGGACAGAUUAAACUUCCCGACCUGGAGUUUCUGCUAAAUACCCAAAGAGCAUAGUACAGAGCUCCUUUCUGCCUUUAGCCUUCUCUUUCUCGGGUCUCAAAGCUGUCAGAGUUGUGUGUUUCGCAAAUGUCCAAACUGCUGCUCUGCUUGCCUGCCAGCCCAUGGGAGUCACUUACUUCUUUUCUCUUUUAUUUAUUAACCAAGGUCUGCAAGUUGUUUUGAGUUUUGUUUCUUGUAAAUAUUGGCUAGAAAUUAUAGGCAAAUCAUGCUUUGCAGGGAGAUUUCCAAAGUGUUUCUAUGGGUGUAUGUCAGUUAAGCAGCCACAUUUCAGAAGUCUAAGCUUUGUAAUGACUGCACAGUCACAUGCAUAUGCUGAUUCACUAUGUCUCUCAUCGUAUGUCUUUGCUUUGUCAUCAGUUCUACAGUCAAUUACAAAGAAGUAGAAGGAUUGUUUGAAUACACCCCCUAAAUGCCUAUGAAAAGGUUACCAAUGUAUUCAUUUUCACUGGGAGAGAUUUGCUUCUGUUUGCUUAUGGAAACUUGUACUUCAAGGGGGGUUGGGGGGGAGGGCGAUUCUAACUCUAAUGA